UAAGAAGACUUGAAGAAAUCGACAAAUCUGCAUGGCGACUCUUCCCAGGAGAGGGGUCGCCAGACCCCGGGGGCAGAAGGGGAGCGGAAGCUGCAGCAUGGAGAGAAUGGAGACCCAGGAGCUGGCACCUGAAGAGCUGGCUGUGCUCAGGAAGGCACAGGAGUUCUUCCGCACCUGUGACACCGAGGGCAAAGGCUUCAUGGCCAGGAGCGACAUGCAGAGGCUGCACCAGGAGCUGCCACUCAGCCUGGAGGAUCUGGAGGAUGUGUUUGAUGCCCUGGAUGCUGAUGGCAAUGGUUUUCUGACCCCAGAAGAGUUCACCACCGGGUUUAGUCACUUCUUCUUCAGCCAGAAGCAGCCAAGUCAGGGAGAGGUGGGUGAACAGGAGGCCCAGGUGCAGGAAGAGAAGGUGUACCAGUCCCGAGGGGGAGCGGAUGCCAUGGACGGCGAUGAGGAAGCUCAGUUCCAGAUGCUGAUGGAUAAACUUGGCGCCCAGAAGGUUUUGGAAGAUGAAAGUGAUGUCAAGCAACUCUGGCUGCAGCUGAAGAAGGACGAGCCUCACUUGCUGUCCAACUUCGAGGAUUUCCUGUCCAGAAUCUUCUCCCAGCUCCAAGAAGCUCACGAGGAAAAGAACGAACUGGAGUGCGCCCUGAGAAAGAAAAUUGCCACUUAUGAUGAAGAAAUCCAGCAUCUCUAUGAAGAGAUGGAGCAACAAAUCAAGAGUGAGAAGGAGCAGUUUCUCCUGAAAGACACGGAGAGGUUCCAGGCCCGCAGUCAGGAGCUGGAGCAGAAGCUGUCCGCCAAGGAGCAGGAGCUGGAGCAGCUGGUGCAGAAGCAGAAGCGGCUGGAAGGCCAGUGCACAGCCCUCCAUAAUGACAAGGAUGAGACCAAGGCUGAGAACACCAAGCUGAAACUCACAAACCAGGAGCUGGCCCGGGAGCUGGAGAGGACCACCCAGGAGCUGCAGGCUGCCCAACAGCAGCUGGAAAACCUCCAACAAGAGGCCUGCAAACUUCACGAGGAGAAGGAGAUGGAAGUGUACCGUGUGACGGAGAGUAUGCAGCGGGAGAAGUUGGGGCUCCUGAAACAGCUGGACUUCCUCAGGGAAAGGAACAAGCACCUUCGAGAUGAACGAGACAUGUGCUUCCAGAAAGAUAAGGCAGCCAAGGCAAACAUAGCUGCUUUCAAGUCAAGCUGGAAACAGAGAUCCGGCUCCGUGAUUGGCAAGUACAUGGACAGCAGGGGGAUUCUUAGAAGCCAGUCAGAAGAGGAAGAAGAUGUGUUUGGCAUCCCAAGGAGGAAAAGUUCUCUGGGCCUGAGUGGGUAUCCGGUUACAGAAGAGGAGCCAGGAGCCAAGGAGUCAGGAACUGGGGGUUCCCUCACCCCGACACUGCGCAGAAUCAUUUCCAUUGAGGAAGACCCUCUGCCCCAGCUCCUGGAGGGCAAGCCACUGAGCAAAUGUACAGAAGAGGAGGAGGUGUCUCCCCAGGCUGUGGAAGGACGAACCCAGCAGGCCCCAGCCUUCGAGCUCCUGCCCACCUCCCCUCGGGAGCAGCCUGUUGGAAAAGAGGCCUGGUCUAAGGAGGAAAGGUCUCCACCCACCCCUGACCGGCUCUUCAAGAUCGUGUUUGUGGGCAACUCGUCUGUGGGGAAGACGUGCUUCCUGAGGAGGUUCUGUGAGGACCGGUUCUCCCCGGGCACAGCAGCCACUGUGGGCAUCGAUUACCAAGUCAAGACAGUGUGUGUGGACAACUCCCAGGUGGCUCUGCAGCUGUGGGACACGGCUGGGCAGGAGAGGUACCGCUGCAUCACCCAGCAGUUCUUCAGGAAGGCCGACGGCGUCAUCGUCAUGUACGACCUCACGGCCAAGCAGUCCUUCCUGUCGGUGCGGCAGUGGCUGAGCAGCGUGGAGGAAGCUGUAGGAGAUCACCUUCCUGUUCUUCUGCUGGGCAAUAAAAUUGACAACGAGAAUGAGCGGGAAGUCCCCCGGGGCCUCGGAGAGCAGCUUGCCAAGGAGAACAAUCUGAUCUUCUAUGAAUGCAGUGCCUAUUCUGGUCACAACACCAAAGAGUCCUUGCUCCAUCUAGCCAGGAUCCUCAAGGAGCAAGAGGACACAGUGAAGGAGGACACCAUUCAGGUCGGCCGCCCUGCCAAGAAGAAAUCCUGCUGUGGCUGACAGGAGGCCUCCCAGGACAGCUCCACCCUGAGGUCAUUGGGCCCAUCCAGACCUUUGCCCUUGUCGGUGACUUGCCUACCCCAAAGGCAGGGAAGCACAUCUAGUCGGAAAAGCUGCUCUUGGGACAUCUUGGAGUCCUUUCUCUCCCUUCUCUCUCUAGACCCCAGAUGCCCAGUCUUUUUUUCCCCCAGCUUCAUUUCCUGGGGGAAGGAAACAGAUGGGCUUUUCCAGAAAAACCAGCACAUGCCUUCUCCCCCUCUUGUCUCCUCCCCUUGCCCUUAGGAGUCUCAGCACUGCAGUUGCCAUGGCAACAGUGGGGGUUGACUGGCUGCUUCCUGUAGGCCAAAGACGCAGCACUUGGGCCAUGCCAGGGUGUUGGGUUUGCUUUGACUCCCUGCAGGCUGAUGGAGAGAGAGAAGCAGUGCUUGCCGCAUGCUUCACAGAGCUUCAGUGGCCCGUGUGGUAUGGCCAGAAGCACAGCCAGGGUCCUUCCAGGGUCCUUCCAGGGUCCACCUUCCAGGAUCCUUCCCUGACUCACAGCCCAGCCUCUCUCAAUGCCCAUGCCCAUCCCACUGCCCCCCAGCCCCGUCCAGGUCCUCUGGAGCAGCACCUCACACAGACCCACAGCCUUUCUUCUGUACCACCCCCCACAGCCCUGACGCCAAGAUGGACUGGGGGUGAUACACUUAUGCCCGGGGUAAGGGAGGAGGCUUAGUUCCACCUAGACAAAGAGAUGAAAAGAAAACCAGGGGGAAACCCACCUGCUGCUAAAUAGAACGACCAUUUCUGGAGGGUAUAAAUAAGGUAUAUAUAGCCAUGCAAAAGCAUUUUCUGAAUGUUUCUCAAAAUAGCUCUUCGAAAAAUCGUACAUGAUGAUUAACUGGGUAGAUUGACACACAGGGAGUGAGCCCCAACACCAGGUCCAUAGUUACUGACUUCUUAUUUUAUUUUAUUUUCCUUUGUCCCAGAAGACUGUAUUUUUUUUAAAGUGUGGCUGUGAUAUUGACAUUUUGCUGGUGUUUGAGAAGCUGCAGACUGCAGCACCCUUACGACUACAGAGCACAAGGUGCUUGGAUGCAGGGAUGUUCUGGGCCCAUGUCUGGUUCCUGUAACUGGCUGGUGCUGAGUUUCUGUCCCUGACACUGACCACCACAUCCCUGGCUGGCUGUGACCAUGGCUGGGGAGGGCACUGUUGCCCUGGGCUGGAACUUGGGUGAAAAGAUGAUAAAGAUCACUGCCAAUUACCAUUUCAGGAUUGCAGACCCAGCCCCCAUGGGAAAGUGGAUGUGACCACUCCCUGGUGGGGCACACAAGAAGGGGGAGGAAGGAAAGUGUCCACAGGCCUCCAUGAGGAUGAUGCCAGACAUCUGCAAUCAGCAGUGUAAGGAAGAAGUGCUGGCGGGAGCUCCCAAGGGUGUUCCCUGCAGCCUCCUCCCAGACCUCAAAAGCAUCAGAGCCCCAAAGGUCACCAGGAAGUGCCUACCUCUAUUUUGCUGACUUCACUCAGCAAGGCACCAGGGAGCCCCCAAGGUUGACUCCAGCACUGAGCACCAGGGAGCGCUCAGUCAUCCCGUUCUGGCCCCCAUCUCAUCGGUAAAAUGAGAUGGUAAAAUGAGAGGGUCUAGAUUCUUCUCACCCUUCUUGCUCAGAGUUCUUGUCAUGACAUCUUCAUGUUCCAACUUGGGCUAACCCUGGUCUUCAGUUCAAGUUUGAAGGGAUACGCAGGAAACCCCCUGAGAGGUGCUGGCAAUGGCCCCUUGAGGGAUGUAAGGGCGAGGGGCACCUCGGAAGUGACCUUCCAGUAUCUCUGUGUGUGUUGCUGUGUGGACGUGUGUUGUGUGUGCAUGAAGGCCAUUUAGGAAAAUGUAAACCAGCUGUUCUGCUUCUGACAAAGAAAAAAAACAGAGAUAACAGUUGGGACGUAUGUGGAAUCAGGUUAGAUCUGGGGUUCCCUAAGCCUACACCCACCAAGACCUAGUCCCUGGCUUGGGCUGCAUGUUUCCAUUUAGGAAAAUUGCAUUCAAGGUUUAGAGUAGAAUCGGAUGAUCCUAGAACCCUGUCUUCCCUCAUGUGGGCUAAAUCCCCACAGAUCUUCAAUGUUCCAGGUAGAAAGAGGGAGCAGGAGGGCCUUCAGGCUUUGCUGCUCCCUCCUGUAACCCCACUUGAAAAACUGUAUGGAGGACAGGGGCUCAGCUGUGUCCCAGGUCUCAGCCUCUUCUCUCCCCUCAGCAAUCAAAGCCACCCAAUGGCCGCCAGCCUGAACCAGAGCCUGGCAGAGAAACUUCUGGCUCCACCCCAUUUAUACUGCUGUAUUGGUCUUGAGCAAGUCACUUAACCAGGUUUCGUACUCAUCUGUACACUCAUAGGUUUUAAUGUCUACCUCACAGGGGCAUUCUAAGUAUUAACGAAGGUGACAGUUGUGAAGUACUUAGCACGGUGCCCAGCACGUAAUAGGUGCUUGCAAGCAGGGGCUAUUAUUAUCGUCAAGUCUGGGGUUGCCCAGACCACUUGCCUUGCACAGGUUCAGAUUUAGAACCAGCCAACACUUCCUAAGUGCCUCCCCAGAACGGGGUACGCUCACUGAGGCCUGCAUGCCCAGCCCACAGGCCUGGCUCAUGAGCUUGUACCUGCCUUUGCCUCUCAGCCUUGCUUUCCUUUUUUCUGUGCGAUUUUUGGUUUUCCAGUCAGAGCCUACAUUGUGCCAGUGCCCACUGUCUGGUUUCCAGCUACAGUCUACUCUUCCCUCUGACAGGGCUCCCCCACCAGUCAGUGCUUUGAAUACAUCAACGUGUUGUUCUGGUCUCCACGGUUUCUCAGGCAAAAUCAGCUUAUUGAGGAGCCUCUUUAUGUUGAUGAGUUGCUGUUGGUGUUCGAUCAUUUGAUUUUGAUAUAUCUAGGAAUGGAUCUCUUGAGUUUACCCUGCUUGGAGUUUGUUGAACUUCUCGAAUGUGUAGAUUAAUGGCUUUCAUUAAA